CAAAGAAGUAAACGGAGGUUUGAAACCGGAAGUUUCAACCCUGUGACUUCCAAGUGGAUUUCGUUAGCUUCCCUCUUCCAAAACACACGAUGGCUUUUUGAUUGACAUAAGUUAACAGUUACGUAAGGUCGAUAAAAGGAUACUGCGAACAUGACAAAUGUUUACUCCUUCGAUGGCAUCCUGGUGUUUGGGCUGCUCUUCAUCUGCACGUGUGCAUACUUCAAAAAGGUUCCUCGCCUCAACAGCUGGUUGCUGUCAGAGAAGAAAGGAGUGUGGGGAGUCUUCUACAAAGCUGCAGUCAUUGGGACACGGCUCCAUAUUUCUGUGGCCAUCUCCUGUGUGGUCAUGGCUUUCUAUUUGAUCUUCCUCAAAUGAUGGAACCAGAUUGGAUUGGGGAGCUUUAGAAUGGCGCAAGCGACUGCUGGACUCAUUGUGCUCAUGGAGGGUAAUCCUUAUGGGACAACCAGUGGACAAAACUGACCCCUGACGUCGCUUCGCCUCAUGGACUUGCUAUGAAAGACGAGUCUGGGGCACCCCCUUGUGGUGACCGGGUACAUAGCAGUAUCUCAAAACAGAUGAGGUCAUCUGGAAUACACCCCAUAGUUUUAUUACACAGAAGUGGGUGGGCCCUGUGGUGUCACUCAGUUUUCAACUCAAGCUGUUUGUCGUCUUUAUUCACAUAAUUAUUUAUACUGGAGCUAUGACAAUGUGUCAUUAUAUGGUAAGCCUGUACAACAUGAAUUUAGUUGACUAAUACAUGUUUCCUUUUGUUCUAACUGAAAAGGAUGAGUACAUCUGCAUUGCUUCAUGGGUUGAUCAAGAAAUAAUAUAUGAUGUAUUUUGACAAUAUUGUACCUUUCACUUUCCUGCAGAUUUGGGGGAUUUGAAACAAGUUUUUACACUAAACCCAGCCCAUCCAAUUGGAAACUGCAUGAUUUUGUUUGUCUGCAAUGACUUCAAAAUGUAUCCAGAUUGGACAACCACAUUUUAAAUCUGCCUCAAAAUAUGUCCACAAUGCAAAAUAAAGACUGGUUAUCUGGCCAUUUCAUGCUAUCAUUGAAAGAAUUGAUUGGGGAGGGGAUGCAAUGAAAUUUUGAUGAAAAUGAGAUAGCUUCACAACUUGUAUGUUGUUUUUAUUAAAAGAAAAGUCAAAACA